AUGGCUCCACGUAUCGCCAUAAUUUACUAUUCCAUGUACGGCCAUAUCGGAAAGAUCGCCGAAGCGGAAAAAUCAGGCAUUGAAGCCGCCGGAGGCAAGGCCGAUGUCUACCAAGUCAAGGAGACCCUCCCGGAAGAGGUCCUCUCCAAGAUGCACGCACCCGGCCAAUCCAGCUCCAUCCCCUUCAUCACCCCCGAUGAGCUUGAAAAAUAUGACGCCUUCCUCCUCGGCAUUCCCACCCGUUAUGGCAACUUCCCCACCCAGUGGAAAGCCUUCUGGGACCAGACUGGCAAGCAGUGGCAGACUGGCGGAUACUACGGGAAAUAUGUUGGUGUCUUCAUCAGUACCGCCUCUCAGGGAGGAGGACAGGAGAGCACGGCGUUGGCGGCUAUGAGCACUUUCACGCACCAUGGCAUGAUCUAUGUGCCGUUGGGUUACGCCACGGCGUUUGCGACGUUGGCGAAUUUGGAGGAGGUGAGGGGUGGUAGUCCGUGGGGUGCAGGGACUUUUGCUGGUGCUGACGGCUCGCGCAUGCCUACCGAGCAGGAACUUAGCCUAGCCAAGACACAUGAUUGGUCCGGCGGGGUCGUCGCCAAUACUGCGGCUGCUCCUUCGUCCAACCAACAGGAACCUGUAGCUGCGGUAGGAACGACAGCAACAAGCGGAACUACUGGUGCUGGUAAUGGUGCUAGCGAUGGGACAAAGGCAACGACUGUUGGAACAAACAAUCCGGAUCAUGUUAACAAGAGCGAAGGUGCGCCUGCUGCGGAACCUGUUGCUGAGAAAAAGGAAAGUGGUCCUUGUGGUUUGCCUUUCAAGUGUGUGAUCUUGUAA